AUGACAUCUAAGUACGAUAGAGCAAUCACCGUCUUUUCUCCGGAUGGACAUCUUUUUCAGGUAGAAUAUGCACAAGAAGCUGUCAAAAAAGGUUCCACAGCGAUUGGGAUCCGCGGCAAGAAUUGUGUAGUCUUGUGCGUAGAGAAGAAAGCCGUCACUAAGUUGCAAAAUGAUAGGACCAUACGGAAGAUCGCACUUUUGGAUGAUCAUGUAGCCAUUGCUUUUGCUGGCCUCACUGCCGACGCUAGAAUCUUGAUCAGCCGAAUCCGUGUGGAGUGCAAGAGCUACAAAUUAACUGUUGAGGACCCUGUUUCGCUGGAAUACAUCGCAAGAUAUAUGGCACAAUUAAAGCAAAAGUACACCCAGAGUACAGGAAGAAGACCCUUUGGUGUAUCUACUCUGAUUUGUGGCUUCAAUAAAGAUGGUUCGCCCCAUCUUUACCAGACAGAUCCUUCUGGAACACAUUUCGAAUGGCUGGCUAAUGCAAUUGGAAAAAAUUCAAAGGUGGCUCGAGAGUUUUUGGAGAAGAAUUAUAAUGCCGAUGCUGUUUCCACGGAGUACGGUACGGUCAAGUUGGCAGUGAAAUCCUUGAUGGAAGUGGUCCAAUCUGGUUCAAAGCAUAUGGAACUAGCAGUUAUGACUUAUAAGGCACCAGAAAAGUCGGGAGAACCCCAUGUAGUUUGGAAGCGCCGGUCAACAUUCCCUCUUACAUAA